CAACUUGAUUUCCGGCCAGACGUUAGCGAUUGGUUAUGGCAGAUCCAGAGUGGCACUGGGCAGAUCCAAUAGUUUUAAACUUCAACAGACACCCGCCUUCAAGUGAGUUAACGUUUGUCAAUUGAGUAGGUCCAGACUCUCUGUAAAAUGAAAUGAAGUGAAGUAGGAGAGUCUGGUAGGACCAGGCUAGUAAAUCUCAAUAGCCCCCCCCAAAAAAAUAACCUCAAGGCUAUUUGAAGGUAUACAACUAGCUCUUUUUAAUAGCGUCCCGGCUACUGAUGGCUGAAGAUACUUGUAAACAGGAAUUGAACCUGAAAGGGGGAUGCGAGCGGAUAAUUGCCUUCACAGCAGCUGCUGUGAUUAGCAGUCUGGGAGGCCUUCAGGUGCGGCACAGUACCCCCUGCUGGAUGCCUUUAUGAUCCAAUCCCUGGUUCGGAGGUUCUUAAAAGAAAAGUAAGAGUGAAGCUCCGGUGUUGAUGAGGUGGAACACGGUUCUGUCUCUCCAGGAUGUAAGGACAGCAGCUGUGCUGGGAGCGAUCACAGCAGACAAACGCUUCUGAUCGGGGUGUCUAUUUACAUACGUCACUUAAAGCCACAACUUCCUAAUAUAAAGUAGCGCUCAUGAGGGAUGUUUGGAUGAAGACUUGCAUGGUUAUUUGUUAAUGGAUCUAUUAAUGUACAACCAUUAUCCUAAAGAGUAAUUAAGGCUUCAUCAGUAAUUAGAUGUUCAUCAGGUUUCGCUAGAUAUGAGAUAUGAAUGCUUUUGUUAUCAUUUUGCACUGUUAUGCUAUUUAUAGUAAUGUGGAUUAAACAAAAGAUGAUUUCACUUUCCAAUGGCAAAUGAAAUGUUUGCCAUGGCUAAGUCCCUUUCCAAAACGGUAGACCCCAUCUCUCCAGAGAUGUGUGCAGGCCUACGUGAUGUAAAAUCACGUAGGCAUUUGAUUCACACAUUUGUUGUAAUCACCUGAACAAUGUCUACACAGAGUGGAUUCAGAAUCAUCUCAAUGCUCAACCUCAUGUGCGGCUGCAGAGCUGUGGCUUUGAGUCGAAAAAGACUGGAAGCUGCAGCAGACGUGUGAUGGGGAAACGUCCAGAAACGGCGACAGCUGAACCUGCGCCUGGCGCGCGCGGAAUUCCGGCAGACGGCCGGGCGAGCGGAACUUUAAUAGGACCCCUGCUCGAGGACGUAACCUCACCCACUCUGCCCCGCACCUCCGCACUAGAGGGGACACGCUGCCCGAACCGUCGAGGACCCUGGAUUGUUUUAUUUCGUGCGUUUCAGUGUCAAACGGGAUUUAAUGAGAAUAAGGAGAUCACCUUCCUACUAAAGAGCAGGUUGACAUUUGACGCGAGCGCCAAUCUUCAACACUUGGGCGCCGUGGCACCGAGAUGACGGAGGUGGUCACACAGGUCAUGGCCGAGGUUGCCCAUGACAACCUGGCGGACAAGUACCAAGAGGAGGAUGUGAAGGACGCAGCCAAUGAGGAGGAGGAGGACGGCGGGACAACCCAGGACGACAAGGAAGACGAGGCAGCCAAUCAGGAAGAGGCAGAGGACGAGAAUGACGAGGACGAGAAGGCACCUCAGGACAAAGAGGAUGAGACACGGGAGGAGCCGGAGAGUGGGAAGACUCCGGACGUUAACGGUGUAGAACAAGAUGGAGGCGAAGACAAGGAAGAGGAGGGUGAGACGAAGGUCAACGGCGAGGACCAGGAGAAGACCAAGGAGGAGGAGGAGGAGGAGGAGGGGGGGGAUGAAGAUCACACGGAGAACACAAACAUGUCUGACGUGGUGCUGAGGCGAGAGAAGCUGCUGCGGUCCCGUAGGCCCGUGGCCCGCAGCUACGUGCCCAAGGACACGGACAAGGGGGACGUGAAGAACAAGUUCGAGGCCAUGCAGAAGGCCCGCGAGGAGCGGAGCCGGACGAGGAACACCGAGGAGCAGAGGAAGAGGAAGGAGCAGUACAUCAAGGAGCGGGAGUACGGCCGGCGCAAGCAGCAGAUAAAGGAGCUCCUGGCGUCCAGUGAUGAGGAGGAGGAGGUGAAGCCCGCCAAGGUAGAGAAGUCCUACGUGCCGAAGAUCACAGGUAGCGUCAAGGGGAAGUUCGCCGAGAUGGAGAACAAGAGACAGGAAGGGGGGAGGAAGAAGAUGGAGGAGGAGAGGAAGAGGAGAGCGACCCAGGACAUCAUGGAGAAAGCCAAGAUUCAGAAGGAGCUGGCCAAGAAGGCGGCGGAGGACGGAGACGACAGCAUCCUGGUGCGGGUGGUCCCGUCCAAGGCCUGCCGCCCCCCCGGCCGUAUCAAGAUGAACUUCGAGGACAUCGAGAAGAACCGCGAGGAGGACCUGAAGAAGAGGGCGGAGGAGGAGAAGAAGAGGCUGUACGACGAAAACCGCCGCUCCUUCAGGGAGGCUAAGAGGAGCUCGCUCGCUCCGGCGGAGGAGGAGCUGCGGCCUGCGGAGCGGGAGGCGGUGACCCCGGGGAGGCUGAAGCUGUCCUUCGAGGAGCUGGAGAAGGAGCGGCAGGAGCAGCGCAGGAGGCAGGCGGAGGAGGGCGCCAAGCGCCGCCUGCAGGACGAGAAGAAGGCCUUCGAGGAGGCCAAGCUGGAGAUGGGCGAGGAGGCGGAGGAGGGGGACGACGCCUCCGGGGCGGCGGGGGACAAGGAGGAGUUACGACCGGGGCGGCUGAGGCUGAGCUUCGAGGAGCUGGAGCGACAGCGCGUGGAGGGGGAGAGGAAGAAGGCGGAGGGCGAGGCGAAGAAGAGGAUGGAGGAGGAGAGGAGAGCCUUCGCCGAGGCCAGGAAGAGCAUGGUCGUGGACGACGACGACGAUGUGCUGAUGGCCCUGCUGAACCUGGAGGGCAGCGAGCCCGGGAAGAUCUGCGUGAGCUUCGAGGAGAAGGAGCGCCAGAGACGGGAGGAGGAGCAGAGGAAGGCGGAGGAGGAGGCCAAGAAGAGGCUGGAGGAGGAGAAGAGGCUCUUCGCCGAGGCCCGCAAGAACAUGAGCACGGGGCUGGAUCAGGAUAUGUCUGCCUAUGGGGACGACAAUGAUGAGGGCGAGCCGGACGGCAUGGUGCGGAGCGAGUCCCAGGAGGCUCUGCAGCCGGGCAAACUGGAGAUCAACUUCGAGGCGCGGCUCAAGCUGAAGCAGGAGGCGGAGCGGAAACGCAAGGUGGAGGAGCGCAAGAAGAAGAUGGAGCAGGAGAAGCAGGAGUACGAGCAGCUCCGACAGGAGAUGGGCGUGGACGAGGUGAACGAGAGCUCCGACGCGGUGAGCAAGGAGUACGAGGAGCUGGUCAAGCUCAAGAGGACCGGCUCCAUCCAGGCCAAGAACCUCAAGUCCAAGUUUGAGAAGAUCAAGCAGCACACCGACGAGGAGAUCCAGAAGAAGAUCGAGGAGGAGCGCGCCCGGAGGAAGGCGGUGGACGAGGAGAUCAAGGAGCGGGAGACCGAACGGUUCCAGGAGGGGGAAGAGGAGGUGGAUGUGAACACAGCGAAGGCCGACGAGUCCCCGUUCAAGCAGAAGGUGGACAUGCGCGCCCGCUUCCAGCAGAUGGCCCUGGCCCGGGAGGAAGAGGAGAAGAGGAGGGUGGAGGAGCAGAAGCUGCAGAGGAUGCAGUUCGAGCAGCAGGAGAUCGACGCCGCGCUGCAGAAGAAGAAGGACGACGAGACGGAGGCGGAGGACGGCAGCAUCGUCAACGGCUCGGCGGCCUACGAAGACGAGGAGGACCAGGAGCGCUCCGGGGCGCCCUGGUUCAAGAAGCCCCUGAAGAACCAGUCGGUGGUGGACUCGGAGCCGGUGCGCUUCACCGUCAAGAUCACGGGCGAGCCCAAGCCAGAGGUGACCUGGUGGUUCGAGGGCGAGACGCUGCAGGACUGCGAGGACUACCAGUACAUCGAGCGGGGCGAGACCUUCUGCCUCUACCUGCCCGAGACCUUCCCGGAGGACGAAGGGGAGUACAUGUGCAAGGCGGUGAACAGCCGGGGCACGGCCGCCAGCACCUGCAUCCUCACGAUAGAAACUGAUGACUACUGAACCCUCCCGACCCCCCC